CGAUGGCGACCUGAAGCUGGAGCUCGUAGAGACGCUCGGCGUGCUCGAGUGGAUCAGGGCGGUCAAAGACGAGAAAGAACUGACGACUCUGAAGCGGGCAGUCAGAUCGCAGACGAGGCACUGUCCGCAGUGAGAGUGCAAAUAGGCGUCGGAAUGACUGAGAAGGACAUCGCGUGGGAGCUUCACAAGCAGAUGCGCGAGCGCGGCGCGUCGGGACCAUCUUUCGACACGAUAGUUGCAGUAGGCCCGAACGCGGCACUGCCUCACCAUCGUGCGGGCGACGCGGCGGUCCGGGCCGGCGAGCCAAUCGUCAUCGACAUGGGAGCAGACUUCCAAGGCUACCGUAGCGAUCUCACGCGGACGUUCGUGGUGGGAGAGGCGGACGACACGUUCCGACACAUCUAUGGUAUCGUUCUGCGUGCGCAGAAGGCGGCGAUAGACGCGGCCUCUCCCGGCAUGACCGGCGAAGAGAUCGACUCGGUUGCCCGCGAAGUCAUCAAAGACGCCGGGUAUGGAGACGAAUUCGGCCACGGGCUGGGGCACGGCGUCGGGCUAGUCAUCCAUGAACGUCCGAUGGUGGUCCCGAAUUCGAAAGACAUCGUCGAAAACGACAUGGUGUUCACAAUCGAGCCUGGGAUAUACAUUUCGGGCUGGGGCGGCAUCAGGAUCGAGGACGUCGUCGUGAUGGAAGACGGCAGGGCACGACCUCUGACAAGAUCGCCUAAGUAG